GAGCAGCCAGCGGCCACCGGCUCCAGCAGCGGCUCAGAGGGGUUCGGCGCGCGCGGCGAGCACGACAUUCCACGAGCCGCGUCGGGAUAGCCGCUGGCCUCCCGCACCCCGACCUCCCUCAGCCUCCGCACCUUCGGCUUGUCCCCCCGCGGCCUCCAGUGGGACGGCGUGACCCCGCUCGGGCUCUCAGUGCUCCCGGGGCCGCGCGCCAUGGGCAGCCCCCGCUCCGCGCUGAGCUGCCUGCUGUUGCACUUGCUGGUUCUCUGCCUCCAAGCCCAGGUAAGGAGCGCUGCGCAGAAGCGGGGGCCGGGCGCGGGGAACCCAGCUGACACUCUCGGGCAGGGACACGAGGACCGACCCUUCGGCCAGCGCAGCAGGGCUGGAAAGAACUUUACAAAUCCAGCCCCAAACUACCCCGAGGAGGGAUCUAAGGAACAGAGAGACAGUGUCCUGCCUAAAGUCACACAGCGAGAAGGCCCGGGCGGGGGGCCUGCGCUGGGCAGGGAGCCCACUUCCCUGCUCCGAGCUGGCCGGGAGCCCCAGGGUGUUUCCCAACAGGUAACUGUUCAGUCCUCACCUAAUUUUACACAGCAUGUGAGGGAGCAGAGCCUGGUGACGGAUCAGCUCAGCCGCCGCCUCAUCCGGACCUACCAGCUCUACAGCCGCACCAGCGGGAAGCACGUGCAGGUCCUGGCCAACAAGCGCAUCAACGCCAUGGCAGAAGACGGAGACCCCUUCGCGAAGCUCAUUGUGGAGACCGAUACUUUUGGAAGCAGAGUCCGAGUUCGCGGCGCAGAGACAGGUCUCUACAUCUGCAUGAACAAGAAGGGGAAGCUAAUUGCCAAGAGCAACGGCAAAGGCAAGGACUGCGUAUUCACAGAGAUCGUGCUGGAGAACAACUACACGGCGCUGCAGAACGCCAAGUACGAGGGCUGGUACAUGGCCUUUACCCGCAAGGGCCGGCCCCGCAAGGGCUCCAAGACGCGCCAGCAUCAGCGCGAGGUGCACUUCAUGAAGCGCCUGCCGCGGGGCCACCACACCACCGAGCAGAGCCUGCGCUUCGAGUUCCUCAACUACCCGCCCUUCACGCGCAGCCUGCGCGGCAGCCAGAGGACUUGGGCCCCGGAGCCCCGAUAGGCGCUCGCCCAGCUCCUCCCCACCCAGCCGGCCGAGGAAUCCAGCGGGAGCUCGGCGGCACAGCAAAGGGGAGGGGCUGGGGAGCUGCCUUCUAGUUGUGCAUAUUGUUUGCUGUUGGGUUUUUUUGUUUUUUGUUUUUUGUUUUUGUUUUUUGUUUUUUAAACAAAAGAGAGGCUCUAUUUUUGUAUUCCACUGGCUGUGGUGUCUGUCUUCUUAGCUCUCAGGAAAAGCCCACUAGUGACCUAAGACUGGGUUCCUCUGGGGUUCCCUGGGGUGGAGGGCUCUCUGGUCUGUUCUCCUGAAAUCCCAGGAUUGGCAGGGUACCUGGCCAGGCCAACCAGGGCCACUCUGUACCCCCGGCAGGGGGAGAGAGAGAGAGAGAGAGAGAGAGAGAGAGAGAGAGAUAUUAGGCCUAGGUCAGUCCUUUAGGGGAGUGGGUGUCAGUGAAGGUGGCUGUGUACCAGUUACUAUUAAAUGACUGAAUUUAACUUGCAUAUUA